CCAUUCCCAUAUUUAAAGAGUUAGAUUAAAUACUACAAAUAUGUAUUCGUGAUUAUUUCCGUCUAUCUUAAGCGGAUUUGGGCUAGUCAUUAUUCUGCUGACUACCUUCUUUCAACAAUACAUGUACUUCUGUUCGUCAAAUACACUAAAUGCCAUUGAAAACGAUAAACAGUAUAAUGUGCUGAAUAAUUUGAGACCCACUUCUAAGGCAAAUGAUGCAUCAUCCACCAUUUUACAAAGAUUUCCUAAACUGAGAUACCAUGGGCUGUUUGUUCAGCAAACCAAAAACGGAUAUUUGGAAUGACGACGUCCAGGGAUUCGAUAACUUUGCUCUGGAUGAGAAGGAGGUUUCUGGCCGAAGGUCACAGACAUUUGAUAUCAACAGGGCAACAAAACGUCGGAGGUACUCCAGCGAGCGCAGUGGGAUAUGGAUGAACCUGGACAAAAAUAUAUUCCUGGGACGUGAUAGUAAAGGAACUCAGACCAAUGUGAAUACUACGUCACAACUGGUUCAAACAGACCAGGUGUGGAGGAUGUACGAUGACAAAAUCACACAAACCUGUGACGACAGAGACGAUGCUAACAGUGAUGAUUUGUCAAUAAAACAAAAAUCGGAUGUUUGUGAACAUUACACGUGUGAAACUGUAGGCGACAGUGUAGAUGAAAAUCAAGAGCGAUGUUUAACACAUACCACGGAAGAAGUCAUAGAUCGCAAUAACCAGCUCUCACCAAAAAUGUCCAAUGGUAACGUUUCUGGGGAAUCCAAUCUGCCACAAGAUAAGAAGAUAAUAGAAGAGGAUGACGUUUUCAUUGAGGUUAAGUAGCAGUCAAAAUUGAAGUAAAAUUACAUCAUCAUUGAAGGUGAAAUAUACAUAUAU